CAUCUCAUUCCCUCCCACCACGACUCCAUCAACCAACCAACCAACCCAUCAUCAGCAUCAUCGUAGCUCUCCGCAAGAAUCAAACGCCAGCUAGCUCUGGGCUCUGGCUGGGCGGGACCGACGCGGCAUGGAGCUGGAGCUCGGGCUGGCGCCGCCGACCAACACAGGCCGCCUCCUCCUCGGCGGGGGGAAGAGGGGCUUCGGCGAGGCGUUCGGGGAGGAUGGGGAGCAGCAGUCGGCGGCGGUGGCCACGACGCUGCCGCUCUUCGACGACGGCAGCAGUAGCAGUAGCAGCGGCAGCGGCGACGGUGGCGGCGUUGGGGGGACGAACAAGAAGGCGCUGGUGGGGUGGCCGCCGGUGAGCUCCGCGCGCAGCAGGGCGUGCGGCGCAGGCGGUGGUGGCGGCAGGCACGUGAAGGUGCGGAAGGAGGGCGCGGCUAUCGGCAGGAAGGUGGACCUGUCCCUCCACGGCUCCUACGCCGACCUCCUCGCCACGCUCGCCCGCAUGUUCCCCGACCCCGCCGGCUGCCUUCACGCUGAAAGCGAGAUGGUGGUCACAUACGAGGACGCCGACGGCGACUGGAUGCUCGUCGGAGACGUGCCGUGGGAGGAUUUCGCGCGGUCGGUGAAACGCCUCAAGAUUUUGCUCUGAAGAAAAAACGGAAUGACACCGCUAGAUGUCGAGAAAUGUUUCUGUUUUCUUUUCUCUGAGAUCUCAGCUAUGCAUCCUCACUGGCUGCUCAUGUUGCAGACAUCUUGUAAUACUACAAAUACUUAUAAAAUAUACAACAUUUCCUCAUAUCAUUUUCCCGUUUUCUCUCCUAGAAUGUGUAAACAUGUUACCGCUAUACUAUAUGGGAUGUGUUUCCAACCAGAA